AUGGUGUCUUUUAAUACUGUUGAAAAGCAAUCUUUCAGAGACCUUAUAACCACACUCGACAGCCAAUAUGAACUGCCAGGGCGUUACUAUUUCACCAAAACAGCUGUCCCACGUGCCUACAACCGUGUCCGGAGUGAGUUGCAAAACGUUAUUUCAACUGUUGAGCAUUUUUCCCUCACCACGGACAUGUGGUCGAGCACAAAGAUGACCCCUUAUAUGUCUCUGACUGUCCAUUUUAUUGAUACUGAAUGGGGACUACAAUCAAAAUGCCUACAAACUAGUUUUUUGCCAGAGGAUCACACUGCAGCUAACUUGGCCGAUGCCCUGCAGGAGGCCCUAAGUGAUUGGGGAUUAGACGAGAAUAAAAUAUCUUGUAUCACAACGGACAGUGGAGCUAAUGUAAAAGCAGCUGUUCGUAAUUUAGGCUGGCCCUGGUUAAGCUGCUUUGGGCACAACCUAAACCUAGCUGUGUCCAACACAAUCGACAAGACAGAAAAAGCCCGCACAGACCGUGCUCUAGCUGUGUGUCGUGCAAUAAACGGCAUGUUCUCCCACAGCUGGAGAAGAAGAAGGGAACUGCAAAAAGCCCAAGCCGAGCUUGGCCUUCCUGAACACUCGCUGGUGACGGACUGUGCAACUCGCUGGGGAUAUAAGCAGAAAAUGAUUGAUAGGAUGUUAGAGCAGAGGCCAGCCAUCAACCGAGUACUUGCAGAUGACCGUAAAGCAAAUGUGAGCAUCACAUGGCAAGACGAGGAUGUUUUGCAAUCGGUAAAUAAAGCGUUAAAACCAGUAAGCGAGUUCACCGAAAUCCUGUCCGGCGAGAACUAUGUUACCGUGUCAUCGCUUCUGCCUAUGCUGCAUCUCAUUAAAGAGGACACUUUGGCCCCAUCAAAUGAGGAUGGACAACUGACAGCCAGCCUAAAAGCCGGCAUCAUAGCUAUUUUAGAUGAGAAAUAUGAAGCGCUGCCUGAAGAAAGCAAGGAGCUUAUGCGCAAGGCGACUUUCCUGGACCCGCGCUACCGGGGUAACUACGAUCCAAAUGUUGAUGAGACUAGGAGGAUAAUUGAGGAAGAAGCGGUCCUUUUGGGUAGGAGGGAACAGUCAGCGCAACCCGUGACAGAACAGGAAGGGGGAAAUAAGGAUGAAAGUGCAGAGGAGCCGCCGCACAAGAGGAAAACACUUGCAAGUUUAUUAAAAAGAAAAACAGGCGCUGCUUCAACACUGACUGUUCCAGAAAGGGUGCUCACAGAAAUCGCAACUUAUGUUCAGGAGCCCGAGUCCUCCAUUAAUGCUGAGACGGAUCCUCUGGUGUGGUGGAAAGAAAAUCAAAAUAGGCUCCCCGUUCUGGCAAAAGUAGCCAAAAAAUAUCUUUGUGUUUGUGCAACAAGCUGCGCAUCCGAGAGAGUGUUCAGCACGAUGGGAAACAUAAUCACCCCAACAAGAUCUCUUUUGAAACCAGAAAUGGUAAAUAUGUUGGCUUUUCUGGCCAGGAAUAUGUAA